UAUGGCAGCGUCCACGCUGUGUUGACGUUGCAGACGGCGUUUUGAGCUGCGAUUGCUUUCCGUGGUAUGUUUGUGGUGUUUCUGGUUUCCAUUGGCACUCCGGACUAAUGAAGUACGAGUUUAGUAACAUCUUCUUAAUCGUAUCGUUGCGACAUCAGCGGGAUAUUUUUCUGCGGCCACAGCUACAACGCUUCUCAAGUGCUGCCACGUAACGCAGGUUGGACGACGCCAAACGCUGAGUUUGCUGAGUUCUCUGUGUUCUCAACUUGCUUUACUAGGUCGAUAACGUAAUUAAAUGACCAUUAAAAAUGGCAGAGAAGAACCUUAUGGCGAAAGCCACGAAAGCAGCUUCGUACAACAUCAUUCUGCAGCUGACUCUGCGUGUUUUAACGUUCGUGCUGAAUGCAUACAUCUUGCGACACAUCACCAAAGACCUGUUGGGAGUUAUCAAUGUGCGGCUGAUGCUUCUGUACACAACUGUGCAAUUCCUGAGCAGGGAGCCUUUCCGUCGAUCCUGUUUGAGUGAUACGGACAACCAAAACUGGCCUGCCAUCAUCAACGUAACCUGGCUGUGCCUUCCCGUUUGUAUCUUUAUUGGUGGCAUUAUGAGCUUUGUAUGGUUGUUCGUUCUGGAGCGACCUGACCCCUUGGUGGCGAGUGGCUACACACUGGGCGUACACUGUGUGGUCAUUUCUGUUGUUAUAGAAGUGCUUGCCGAACCUCUGUAUGUUAUAAGUCAAGCUUUUCACUACAUAAAGUUCAAAAUAUUUUUCGUGGGGAGUGGCAUUACCUUACGGUGCAUCAUAAUGGCAGUACUCGUCGCCUUCGACCCACGGAAUGCUAUUUGGGCUUACAGCGUGGCACAGCUAAUAUCAUCUGCCUAUUAUACUGUUGUUCUUUAUGCUUACUUCACGUUUGAAUCAAGGCGAUUGCGCCACGGCUGUGAAGAUAAAUCAAGAGACUCCAGCCGCAAAUGUAAUGAACGCGUGCUUCCUUUCACUAGUGCAUUUGAUAUUAUUCCUUUCAUUGGCAGUAAUGGUACACAGCUUGACCGAAACAUCACAAAACUUACAUGGAGUUUUAUGAAGCAAACAGUGUUCAAGCAGCUCUUGACUGAAGGUGAACGUUAUAUCAUGACUGUUUUCAGCAUUCUGUCUUUUGCUGAGCAGGGUGUGUAUGACAUUGUCAACAACCUUGGAUCUUUAACAGCCCGUCUUGUCUUCCAGCCCAUUGAAGAAAGCAGCUACGUGUUUUUCGCUCAAGUAGUACAACGUGAUGUGCCACCCUGCCGGCAAAACGUGGACAGUGUUAUGUUGAGUGUAUUAACCUUGAAGCAGCUUCUAAAGUUGCUGACUCACGUUGGGCUCAUCAUUUUCACUUUUGGUCAAGCUUACUCUAGUCUUCUCCUACAUGUGUAUGGUGGCAGUGCACUGAGUGACAGCCUAGCACCUCUGCUACUUAGGUGGCACUGUGCAUACAUUGUUUUGAUUGCUAUCAAUGGAAUCACUGAAUGCUUUGUGUUUGCUGCUAUGAGUAAAGAACAGCUGGACCAACAUAACCACAGGCUUGCCCUUUUUUCAGUGCUGUUCCUAUUUGUUGCGUACCUUUUGACCACCUUGUUUGGUGCUAUUGGAUUCAUUCUGGCAAACUGUUUUAACAUGAUUGCACGUGUUGGUUACAGUACAUUCUUUAUAAGCGCAUACUAUGCUAAAACUCAAUACCGUCCAUUGCAUGGUAUUUUUCCCAGUGCACUUGUGCUUGGUACUGCUAUGCUUAGUUAUCUUGUAACCACAAUUUCAGAAGCAAUGUUCUGCUGUUAUGCUGGAUUCAUUUACCUUUUGUUGCAUGCUGCUGUUGGUGCACUAUGCUUGUUUCUGUUCUUGGCUGUCAUUUAUAUAGAGGAGAAAGAACUAAUAGCAUUCCUCAAAACAUGUUGGCAUGACAGAAGCUUUGGAAAGAAAUCUGAGAAGGUGCAGUAGCAACACUGUUGUUUUCCUGUUGAUAGUUCUCAUAUUUUCUUGGUAAACCAUGUGCUUGAAAGUGAAAGCAUGAAAUGCAUAUGUCUAAUUAAAG